GAGCUUUUAUUGCCAUCAAAGGUUGGCUUGGUACCUGAAGCAGGGAAACUCAAGAGAGAAACUGUGGCCACUGCCCAGCAGGUACAAAGACGAGGCACCUGUACUCAGUGGUCAGCAACGAGAGCACAAAAAGAUAUCUCUGGGCAGGAGCCAUGGCAUGGCCACCCCCCUGCUGGCUCUUCAUUCUGGGGACCCUAGUAGGGAUCUCAGCUACUCCAGCCCCCAAAAGGUGUCCAGAGAAGCACUACUGGGCUCAGGGAGGACUAUGCUGUCAAAUGUGUGAGCCAGGAACAUUCCUUGUGAAGGAUUGUGACCAGCACAGAAAGGCUGCUCGGUGUGAUCCAUGUAUACCAGGGGUCUCCUUCUCUCCAGACCACCACACCCGGCCCCAUUGUGAGAGCUGUCGGCACUGUAACUUUGGUGAGAUGGGUCUUCUCCUUAGUAACUGCACCAUCACUGCCAAUACAGAGUGUGGCUGCCCCAAGGACUGGCAGUGCAGGGACAAAGAGUGUACAGAGUGCGAUCCUUCUCCAAACCCCUCUCUGACCAUUCAUCCAUCUGAAGCCCUGGGCCCAUACCCACCACCCACCCACUUACCUUACACCAAAAAGAUGCCAGAGACUGGGACAGUCAAUCAUGUGCAGACUCCGGCUGAUUUCAGGCAGCUGCCUGACCCAACUCUCCCCACCCACUUGCCACCUCAAAGGUCCCUGUGUAGCUCAGACUGUAUCCGCGUCUUUGUGAUCGUCUCUGGAAUGUUUCUUGUUUUCGCCCUGGGAGGAGCCCUGUUCCUCCAACAAAGAAAAUAUGGAUCAAACAAAAAUGAAAGCCCACUGGAGCCUGCUGAGUCUUGUUCUUAUAGCUGCCCCAGGGAGGAGGAGGGCAGCACCAUACCCAUCCAAGAGGACUACCGAAAACCAGAGCCUGCUUCCUACCCUUGAGCCAGCGUUGGGUGGGGGUGGAGGACGGAGGGGAAGGUCAUGGUGGAAAUAAAGCUCUAGCCUCCUUUCCACCUCACUGGCUGUCCAGAGAGCCAGACCUGGCAGCCCUUACUUCAGUACCAUCCUCUUAUCAGGAUCCUUUCCUAUGUACACUUGACAAAGUGCCUUGCUGAGACUGGCACGAAUUGAGACUGAGACUGAAUGAACAGGAGACGGAUUAAGCAAGCUUGGCCCUGGUACUACGGGAGGGCCCAAGCUUUAGCUGUAAAACACACUUCUGGCUGCAAAAGCCCCACACGCUAUAGCCCUGACCCCCAAAAUGGGCAAAAUAAAAAUGACAGACUCCCA